GCAAAAAACGUCUUAUAUUGAAAGGUCAUUCAAUAUCAAAUCAAACAAAUAAUUUAGAAUCGACAUUAUACGUAGAGUUAUCGAAAGAAAUUCAUGACAUGGAUAGUGUCGAUAAGGGAAAAUUGGAGUGCUUUAGUUUUAUAAUUGUACCAUUAGCUUGGCUUAAACUUAAACUUUACAUGUGUUUAUUUGUCAACAAUUAUGUCAAUUUUAUAUAAAUUAUAAUUCAUGAUAUUUGACCUACACUUUCACCAAUGAAAACAAACUUGUUUUGUUUUCUUUCUUUAUCAACUCCAACAUUUUCUUUUUAAUAUGCUUUUAUUUUUUUAUCAGCUCAAAUAUUUGCAAGGAAAUGACUAAAUUAAAGUGAAAAACAUUAAAAGAAAAUGGUGUAAAUUGUUAACAUAAAAGAAUUUUAGGGUGCUUAAUGUAAAUAUCUCAUUAAUUUACCGUAUAUCAAUGACACAUGUUCACAUUAAUUUUAAUGCUAGCAAAAGACGUAUCUUCAUUUUCACUUCAAAUGACACAUUUACCCUUGUGUAACUUAUAUUAUAAAUCUUGAAAUGAUCGUCUUCUCAUUCUCACUUCAAUUCAAAAAAAAAAAAAAAAAAUUGCAAGGAGAUGACUAAAUUAAAGUGAAAAACAUUAGAAGAAAAGGGUGUAAAUUGUAAACAUAAAUUUAGUGCUUAACGUAAAUAACUCAUUAAUUUACCGUAUACCAGUGACACAUGUGCACAGUAAUUUUAAUGCUAGCGAGAGACGUAUCUUCAUGUUCACUUCUCUUCACUUCAAAUGACGCAUUUACCCUUAUGUAACUGAUAUUAUAAAUGUAGGAUUGAUCUUCUUCUCAUUCUCACUCCAGUUUAUAAAAAAUAAAAAUAAAAAAAAUAGAAAAAUGUUUAUUUGCUUUCUUUAUUUACUAGCUCUAACAUUUUUCCAAAUUAAGAGUUUAAGGUUGUUUGGAAGAAAAUUCAAUGGAGAAAAUUCAGCGUCGUCCCAUCAAAAUCGAGAUCUUAUCAACCCCGCAAACCGUUGUAUGCCCACUGAAAUUCUUGUUGAGAUCCUUUCGAGGGUUCCGGUGAAAUCUCUGUUGAAAUUUAGGUGUGUUUCUAAAUCUUGGCUUGCUUUGAUCUCUAGCCCCGAGUUUAUCAACUCUCAUCUGAGUUUAUCAGCUAGUAACAACAUACAGGAAUCUAACUUGGAUUAUCUCAUGAAAAACCUUGAGGUAUCUUUUUUGUUUGAGGGUUCAGUGAACGGAUUGAUUUGUCUUGUAAAUAGGGCAAAGAAAAUAUAUAUAUGGAACCCAACCAUUAGAAAGUACAAGAAAUUGCGUGAUUAUAAAUUUGAAUCAUGGCAUUUCGGUCGUUUCAUAUAUGGUUUUGGAUACGAUAAACUCCGUGAUGAUUAUAAGGUGGUGUUGUAUAAUUUCCAUGAGGUCGCUAUAUAUAGCCUGAAGAGCGAUUGCUGGAGAAGAAUUAACCAUCCUCCAAACGGAGGGCGAUUCAUAAAUACAGGUAAGUUUCUGAACGGAAAGCUUUAUUGGGCUAGUGUUGUUGAUGAUGUUGUUUGGAGCAUAACAUCUUUUGACUUGAACGAUGAGAAAUGGAGAAUGGUGGAGGAGCCACCUUGUGGAAAUGAUAUUUUCGUGUUGGGAGCGUUGGAAAGUAACUUGUCUAUCAUGAUUUGUAGUCGCACAAGUAACGUUGAUGUGUGGGCGAUGAAGGAGUACGAGAACAAAGAAUCUUGGACGAAGACGUUUACGAUCAUCUGUAGUCUAGACCGUGCUGAGUAUUUUCUAGCUCAGUCCUUUUAUCUGACAAAAAGAGGUGAAUUUUUCAUUAUGUCUAGACCAUAUCACAUGAUGUACGAGCCAAGUGAUAAUUCAAUAAGAUAUUUAGAUCUGAAAACAUUUGAUUAUGAUCUUCUUGCUGAUUUCUAUGUUCAAACCCUAGUUUGUCCUUAGUCAAGUCAGCACAAGUUCUGAUGGAUUGCAAUUGGUGAAGUUACAAUAUAUAUGUUGUAAGACUCCAACUUUAUAGUAUGAAAUGAAGAUCCUAUUUAAUCUUUUCUUUUUGUAUAUUUUCAUAAAUAUAUUGUUUUUUCAUUAUUGCUAA